AAAAAAACUAGCAAAGGAGUCCCAUGUUGUAAUUUAUAAUCACCAAAAAUCCAGAACCAAAUCAUGAUUCCCUCAAAGAUCCUGAACCUCCCUUCUUCCUUUUUCCCCUGGGACCCCACCCACCGCACCCCACCCCACCCUUCUGUCCAUACUUCUCCAUUGUUCUUUUCUACUUGUCAUAUGAUUCUACCCAUAGCACCCCAACACGUUCCUCUCUAAAAUCGCUCUCUUGGGUUUUUUUCAAUUUUUUUAGUAGUUUUGAUUCAAGUCCUCAAUUUGCAUUUUUGACUUUGUGGGAAGCCAAGAAAAGGGGGAAAAAAAAAGGAUACCCAGAGGCUGAAAUGGCAAGAAUUCCAGUUGAAUUGGGUCUGCCAUCAAAGUGGUGGGAUGAGGUCAAUGAAUCUGUUGAAUGGCAAGAUGGGAUUUUCUACUCUCUGUCUGCUGCUUUUGCUCUUGUCUCCUCUGUUGCCCUUAUUCAAUUGAUUAGAAUACAGUUGAGAGUACCUGAAUAUGGUUGGACAACACAAAAGGUUUUCCAUCUCAUGAACUUUGUUGUAAAUGGAGUUCGUGCGGUUGUCUUUGGAUUUCACAAAGACGUGUUUCUGUUCCAUCCCAAGGUGGUGACUUUGGUAUUAUUGGAUCUACCGGGCCUGCUUUUUUUUUCAGCAUAUACACUUCUUGUUCUAUUUUGGGCUGAGAUAUAUCAUCAGGCGAGAAGUUUACCAACAGAUAAUCUGAGAACUUCCUAUAUUUCAGUAAAUGGUGCAAUAUACUUCAUACAGGCUUGUAUCUGGGUGUACCUCUGGAUGAACAACAAUAGCACUGUGGAAUUCAUUGGGAAGAUAUUCAUAGCAGUUGUAUCAUUUAUAGCUGCAUUAGGCUUUUUGGUGUAUGGAGGAAGGUUAUUUUCUAUGUUGAGACGCUUCCCCAUCGAAUCUAAAGGGAGAAGAAAGAAGCUUCAUGAGGUUGGAUCUGUAACUGCCAUUUGUUUCACUUGUUUCCUCAUUAGAUGCUUUGUGGUUGUGUUAUCGGCUUUUGAUGCUGAUGCAUCACUAGAUGUCUUGGACCACCCAGUUCUGAAUCUGAUAUACUACAUGCUCGUGGAAAUUCUUCCUUCAGCUCUUGUGUUGUACAUCCUGCGCAAACUGCCUCCGAAAAGAGUAUCUGCGCAAUACCACCCUAUCCGUUAGCUGCAGUGGACAUAUAUCUUCAAUCCUACAACUUCCCAAAUGGUUGCAGGAAUUGAAGUUAGUGCAGUUCUGCUGGUGGUAUGGAGCCGUGCAGAAAAGGAUCCAGGAGUCGCGGAAUAUCUCUAUUCUUUUUGCCAGUUGCAGAGAGCUGUUGUGCUUACAUUUCUGUUACUUUUGGUUUUGAGGUUUGAAGACAGAUUGUAGAAUUUUGUAUAUUAAUUGAACGAAGAAAAUUAGGAAAAUUAGUGCCUUGCUGCAUGUCCUGUACUAUAGGAUCCCUUUGUAUUUUGUCAUCACAAUUUACCUAGUGGUGAAUAUGACAUCCUUCAAGUGACUUGAUAUACUCAUUUCAGAUUGUUGUUGUCAA